GGAAAACACAACUCUGUGCGACUAUGCCCAGUGGGUGCAACCCCUCCACAUCAGGAUCAUGUUUCUAUUUUUCUGCCCAGCCUCAGAGUGUUCAGACUGUUUCAAUCUAUAUUUUUGAGCUGUCAGGAAUUUCACCAGGCUACAUCGCUGUCACCUUGUCACCCAAUGCCUCACCGGGAAAUAACGAGUCCACCUACAUCUGUGCAAACAACAAGGGUAAAGUUAAAUUCUUCAGCGCUCUCCUCCAGAGUGAUGGCACGCUGGUGAAGCAGCAGCUGAGUGUGAACUCUGUGAAGGGCAGUGUCGAUGGAGACAAAAUCCAGUGUACCUUUAUGGCCACUGUGCCAGCCUCAGCUACUAGAGCAUCAGCAACACCUUUGUCAGUGCAAGUCUUCACUGGAACUUACAACAGCGAUAAUGAAAAUUUGGGCCCAGCCAAUUCCCAACUAAGCACCACUCCGGUGGACCUGUCAAAUCCUAGCGCCACUGUCACCUAUUCAAAUUCCACCAUCGCCAGCCCCACGGCCAGCACCACCGCCAGCACCACCGCCAACACCACCGCCUCCUCCACUGCUGCUCAUAACUAUGCCAUAGCACUCCAGCAAUCACUGAUGCAAGCUCUGCUGAUCAGUGUUACAAUGCUGGAACUGGCCAUGCUAUGAGCAAACUGAAAUCCCAAUGAGUCAAAAGAUCUCAUCAACAUACGCUACUCACUAUAAACAUUUUACAAGAGGUUAACUAUACACGCAGAGUCUAAGGAAUCAUGUUGUAUUCUAUAUGAACUUACUUUAGAUUAAAAUAUAAGGAAUGAAGGCGGGUCAUCAUUCUUCUGCUUUCACAUCUGUUACAGAGUCUGAAAAUGACAAGAAAUUAUUUUAAGAGAUUGUUUUAAUGUAAUCCAUUCUGUUCUAUGAGUUACUUAAUUGCAUCUUUGAAUGGCUAGAAUAGAGUACAAAUGAGAAGCACUAUUACAAGUGGAACCAGUACAAGUAAUCAAACAUAAAUUCCAGAUGAAGGGAACGGGUACUUGGCUUUCACCAGGGGGUGUCAUGCUUCAUGCAAAUUGUGGGCUUGGGGUCUAGUUACUUUUUAACUCGUGUUGUCCUGGGGUCAUUCUGAUCACAAAUUAAAUCUUUUGCUGUCAAAAUAUGUUUUUUAUUCAUCAAAUGGUCUG